CUGAACACCGCAUUCGACGAAGAAACGCGAUUGGUGCCGAUGAGGACGCUGGUGAUUCCGCAACACAUAGGCAGAGAAGGGAGCCGAGCUGCAACUUAACCACAUGUUUAAAUCAUCUAUUUGGACAGAUUAUUCCGGGGAUUUGCCGUUUUAAAAAGAAGGGGACGACGUUAACGACACCCAUUCUAGACCGCGGGCGUUGAUAUGAAUUUUUCGCUCAAGGUCUCACGAGAAAGCUAGCGGAGCACAGCCGGCGAAUUCAAGCGGAGCAGAGAGGAACAGUUAGCUAGCUUUAGCCUGUUAGCUCACCCCUUUAGCCGCUAAUACGUUCACUCUCGCCGUACACCUGCGCGCCUCGCUGCCCCCGUGUUAUCGCUGCUUAGCCGGUAACAGCCAGCACCGUGGGCUUCAGCUCUGAUAUUUUCCCAGCAUUUUUUUGUUUUUAACUCCCUCGUUGACACCAGAGGAGGACCUGGUGAGAGGACCGUGACAGGUUGAGGUUGGGACCAGCGAAACCAAGCGGUGUCCUCAAGUGGCCGUUAACCAUGGACAACGCACACACAAAGACGGUGGAAGAAGUUUACAGCUAUUUUAACGUGAAUGAAAGCACGGGUCUGAGCGUAGAGGAAGUGAAGAAGCAACGGGAACGAUAUGGACCAAACGAACUGCCAGCCGAGGAGGGUAAAUCCCUUUGGGAACUGGUUGUUGAACAGUUUGAAGAUUUGCUUGUGAGGAUCCUUUUACUCGCUGCCUGCAUAUCCUUUGUGCUGGCCUGGUUUGAAGAGGGAGAAGAAACUGUUACAGCCUUUGUGGAGCCUUUUGUUAUCCUACUUAUUCUCAUAGCAAAUGCCAUUGUAGGAGUGUGGCAGGAGCGGAAUGCAGAAAAUGCCAUUGAAGCACUUAAGGAGUAUGAACCAGAGAUGGGAAAAGUGUACCGCCAGGACAGGAAGAGUGUCCAGAGAAUCAAGGCCAGAGACAUUGUGCCAGGGGACAUUGUGGAGGUGGCAGUUGGUGAUAAAGUGCCUGCAGACAUCAGGCUGUCUUCUAUCAAGUCAACCACGCUGAGGGUAGACCAGUCUAUUCUUACAGGGGAGUCUGUGUCUGUGAUCAAACACACAGACCCGGUGCCUGAUCCUCGGGCUGUCAACCAGGACAAAAAGAACAUGCUGUUUUCUGGUACCAACAUUGCGGCUGGGAAGGCCAUCGGCGUGGUUGUGGCCACAGCUGGCAACACUGAGAUUGGCAAAAUCAGAGAUGAGAUGGCAUCCACAGAACAGGAGCGCACACCACUGCAGCAGAAACUGGAUGAGUUUGGGCAGCAGCUAUCCAAGGUCAUUUCGCUGAUCUGCAUUGCCGUGUGGAUCAUCAACAUUGGACAUUUCAACGAUCCCGUCCAUGGAGGUUCCUGGAUCCGAGGCGCCGUCUAUUACUUCAAGAUUGCUGUGGCUCUGGCAGUUGCUGCAAUUCCUGAGGGGCUGCCGGCUGUCAUCACUACCUGCCUGGCUUUAGGAACACGGCGCAUGGCCAAGAAGAACGCAAUUGUCCGCAGUUUGCCCUCUGUGGAGACCCUUGGCUGUACAUCUGUCAUCUGCUCUGACAAAACUGGCACGCUGACCACUAAUCAGAUGUCUGUGUGCAGGAUGUUUAUCAUUGAUCGGGCAGAGGGAGAUCACUGCUCAUUAAAGGAAUUCACUGUUACUGGCUCCACAUAUGCCCCAGAUGGAGAAGUGUUCCAUGAUAGCAAACCUGUCAGAUGCUCCCAGUACGACGCCUUGGUGGAGCUGGCCUCUAUCUGUGCUCUCUGUAACGAUUCCUCACUGGACUACAAUGAGACCAAAGGCGUGUACGAGAAGGUGGGCGAGGCCACAGAGACGGCUCUCACAUGUCUGGUGGAGAAGAUGAAUGUGUUUGACACAGAUGUUAAAGGCCUGUCCAAGAUCGAGCGAGCCAACGCCUGCAACUCUGUCAUCAAGCAGCUGAUGAAGAAAGAGUUUACCUUGGAAUUUUCCAGAGACAGGAAAUCUAUGUCUGUGUACUGCAUUCCUAAUAAAGCACGCUCCUCUGUUGGCAAGAUGUUUGUAAAGGGUGCCCCUGAAGGAGUGAUUGACAGGUGUACACACAUCCGUGUCGGCAGCAACAAGGUGCCCUUGACUCCUGGCAUCAAGGAAAAGCUGAUGUCUGUUAUCAGAGAGUACGGAACCGGCAGAGACACCCUGCGCUGUUUGGCUUUGGCCACCCGAGAUAACCCCUUGAGCAAAGAUGAUCUGGUGCUGGAGGACUCGUCUCGCUUUAUUGAGUACGAGACUGAUCUGACAUUUGUGGGCUGUGUGGGAAUGCUGGAUCCUCCCAGGGCAGAGGUGGCAGCUUCUAUUAGGCUCUGCCGUCUCGCAGGCAUCCGAGUAAUUAUGAUCACCGGAGACAACAAGGGGACGGCGGUGGCUAUUUGCAGACGUAUUGGCAUUUUUGGAGAAGACGACGACGUUUCCAGCAUGGCUUUCACUGGCAGAGAAUUUGAUGAUCUGUCACCUGCUGCACAACGAGAAGCUGUGGUCAAAGCUCGCUGCUUUGCUCGUGUUGAGCCUUCUCAUAAAUCCAAGAUUGUUGAGUAUCUGCAGUCCUACGAUGAGAUUACAGCUAUGACCGGUGAUGGAGUAAAUGACGCCCCGGCGCUCAAAAAGGCUGAGAUUGGCAUCGCCAUGGGUUCAGGAACAGCUGUGGCCAAGACCGCCUCUGAGAUGGUGUUGGCUGAUGACAACUUUUCCACCAUCGUAGCUGCUGUUGAGGAAGGCAGAGCUAUUUAUAACAACAUGAAGCAGUUCAUCAGAUACCUCAUCUCUUCAAAUGUGGGCGAAGUUGUCUGCAUCUUCCUGACUGCAGCUCUGGGCUUCCCUGAAGCUCUCAUCCCGGUUCAGCUGCUUUGGGUCAACCUGGUAACUGACGGUCUGCCUGCCACCGCUUUGGGCUUCAACCCACCAGACCUGGACAUCAUGCAGAAGCCACCACGCAACGCUCGUGAGCCGCUCAUCUCUGGAUGGCUCUUCUUCAGAUACCUUGCCAUUGGAUGUUAUGUCGGUGCUGCCACUGUGGGUGCUGCUGCUUGGUGGUUUGUUGCUGCUGAGGACGGGCCAAGGAUCACUUUUUACCAGCUGAGCCAUUUCCUGCAAUGCGGUCCAGAAAAUCCCGAUUACCAAGGCCUGGACUGUAAGGUGUUUGAGUCUCCUUACCCUAUGACCAUGGCCCUGUCUGUUCUGGUCACCAUUGAAAUGUGCAAUGCCCUCAACAGCGUGUCAGAGAACCAGUCGCUGUUGCGGAUGCCUCCCUGGGAGAAUGUGUGGCUGCUGGGAGCCAUCUGCCUCUCCAUGUCCCUUCACUUCCUCAUUCUCUAUGUGGAGCCUCUGCCAAUCAUCUUCCAGAUCACCCCUCUGAAUCUGACGCAGUGGUUAAUGGUGCUCAAGAUCUCACUACCCGUCAUUCUACUGGACGAAAUGCUCAAGUUUGCUGCCAGGAACUACCUGGAGCCUGGUAAAGAAUUGGAGAAGCCCGCCGGCUCCAAAAGCUGCUCCCUGUCUGCAUGUCUGGAGGGCAUCUCCUGGCCCUUCGUGGCCUUUUCCCUCCCCUUGGUCCUCUGGAUCUACAGCACCGACACUAACUUGGCCGACAUGUUCUGGUCCUGACUGACUUGAGCACAACCUCGACUUUUCCAUUCCCCACCCACUGCCAUCACUUCCCUCUUUCCUCUCCUUUUUCCUCUCUCUCUCUGCCUUCCUAAAUGUGCAUAGCUAGCGUGUGUGCGCGCGUUUGUAGAGUUAGUGUGUGUGCUUGUGCGUGCCUACCGCGUGCGUACGAGAAGGACCAACUUUAACACAUGAAACGUAACAAAUAAUAUAAAGUGUUAACAUUAAGAAGUCACCUGUUUUAAGUUGGAGUAGGAUUUGUGAAUGGGUGAGGCUUUAAAUGCGAGUGUUAGAAGACCAUCACUCCCAUAGCUGUGGACUUUGUUGCUGGUUUGAAAGAAAAUAUACUGUUGCCAUUUUUUUGUUAAUAUUGCCUUUAAGGUUCAUAUUUUUAACGGUGUUUGGAAUAUAAUUUCUAUGUCACUACAAUAACAGCAUUGUUUUGUUUAGCUUCCCUCAUAAUGAAAAGGAAAUUUAAGAUAUCGGAAAUCAUUGAUCUGUACAGAGAUUGAACACUAUUUUAUGCAACCUUUUUUUUUUUGUUUUUUUAAAUGGCUUUGUAAAUUGUUUGACCGGCGUGGCUUAGACAUAUACCGCCUUGAUUUAUUUUCAAAUGUUUACCAUUGUGUCUUCAGUAUAAACUCAGAACUCUUUCAGAGCGGACAAGCGCCAUGUGGCAGACGAGGACGGGGAAAGGUUUGGGACUCGGAGUGAAAUGUUUGAAUGCUCAGCUUAAACAAAAGAGAGAAAAAAAAAUCCUGAUAAACAAAAGCCGCAUGUCCUGUGACCAAGCAUGAACUGUAUGUGGUUUCUCAUUUCUAAUUUAAUUGUGUAUGUCCCCCAUGUCAGAGCGUAAAUUAAUGUUUUUUUUUUUUACUAUAUUGAUUGAAAACGAGUCAGUUUUUCUGCACUGGGCAGAGCACAGCUACCUCAAUAUGAUAAAAGAAUUAUUUUUUUUGCUCAUCUCUAGAUGCUUUUCCUCGACAGUCUUGCUAAAGCGUAACAUCUGAGGUGUGCCCCUAUUUGCUUGUGCAGAAAACAAAGAACAAAAUCUUCCUUCCCUCUUAACAUUUUUAAGGAUAUAUUUUGUUUGUAUUGAUUUGUGACAUUCAUUAACUUUAUUUGUGUGUUGCUUUGGAGACAGAACUGGGUGGGGAUGCUGUACCAUCUCCAUGGCGUUUGAUUCAAAGGACCGUAACAGUAAAAUCUCGAGAGAAAAAAAAUACUAAUCCAUCAAGUACUCCAACUGAACUUGGAUUGCAAAUAAACACCCCAAAAUGUUUUUUACUUUAAGGAAAAUACACUCAUAAACCCUUUGAAUCAAGUGUUUUCUGUCUUUAUUUAAUACAAUUUGAGGCCCGUGGUUAUCGACAUUAUUCAUAUCCAGUGUUUUUGUAUGUUCAUAUAAUACUUGAAUACAGAUCAUUUCAGACAUAUGAAUGCUUUCGUUUUCUUGGCACAACAUGGCAGGCAGGAGAUAUUCAUGACACACGGACCCGGUCUUGUGUACAUGUGACUUUUCCAGGCUUUAUCAUUCAGAGUUACUGCUGGGUAUACCAUACUUUGUGGUGGUGUAACGCUUGUCAGAUUAGAGCCUAUACAGUCGACUGCACUGAUCUUAAGCAUCAUAUUUUGAAUGGAAAUUUUCACGUGUGAGAAAACCCCCCCACCCCGUCUACAAAGCAUGUUAUUUGAGUAGAAGCCUGGGUUUGUUUGCACUGUGUGUUUGUGUUCCACGUAACAACUGUGUGCUUUUCUUCCUCAAUGCCUUCCAUUGGCCCCCCUGUCACUAGAGUUGGCUCUCGUGUAGCCUUCGUAUGAUUUAAGAGUGGCCUCAAAAGUUGGAGAUGUCUCCUGCUUGUGUCGCUCACUCUGACUUCACACACCUCAGACCCCAUGACGACCAGCAGUACGUACCCUCACACAGGCAUAAAGGACACGUUUUCACCGUAACGGCGCCAAAUACCUGAGGGUAUAGUUUAAUUUUUUUUAAAAAGGGGGGUGUUUUGGGGCCGGGAGCUUAGACCACACACACUUCUUAACACACACUUAUACCUCCGUGUGCAGAUGCUAAAUCAAUUUGACACUAUUCCAGUUUUGUGUGCAGGGAAGUUCUCAGCGCCCUCGACGAUCCCUUCUUGCAUGAAGAACUUACUUCCGACUUCCAUGGUAGCUUGUCACAUAGAGAAUCUUUCAAAACACUGGGUUGAAUGGUCUUAGAUGUACAUCAGUGUACAAAAACAUCCAUGCAUGCGUUCCAGCUGUACGUAGGCUUUGCGAUUUGUAUUUAUAGAUUCUAAUGUAUAAUACUCAAAUGACAUAUUAAGAUGGAUUUAUCAUAGAUAUUGGGAAAAUCACUGUUUUUAUUGUAAUGGUUUGGGUAAUUUGCACAAUAUUAGACAUGGAGCAAUGACUCAUGCUGAACUGACUGUGCUCUACUUGAGGUUUUUUCUUUUUUUUUUUGAUUUUCUUCCCAUUAGUUAACUACUGUAGGCUGUUCACUGAUCCAUUUAAUUUCAUGAAUUAAUCCUUUGCAAUGAGUACAACAGGCUGACACUGAUUCAUUGGUAAUCCUGCAAUACAACAGUGCUCUGUUUCCUUAUUGCCUCUGCAUUAUUAUUAUUAUCAUUAUUAUUAUUAUUAUUAUGUAUCUUUAUCAACUGCUGUAAAACUGUGAUCUAAUGUGAGAGGCCCGUACAGUCUCCUCAAUGACACCUGGUCGAAGAACAAUAUUAACCAUUAUGUAAAAACAAGAAAAAAAGACGAUCAUUAUUGAAGAGUAAUAAUGACUGUACAUGCAUUACUGAGGUUGUGGUUUCAGGUAAAUAAAAUAAUAUAGUAUUUGAA